AUUAAUUAUGGGUCACACUCAAGGAAAAGAAUUAUCUCCCUAAAUGAGAGAGAGAGUCCUCAAAUUAUUCGCCAAAUUCGAUGUAGAUGGUUCGAAAUCUAUUGAAAAAACAGAAACAAUCAAAUAUUGGAAAAGCAAUUUCGCAAAACUCAAUACUGAAGAGUUGUUCAAAUCUGUUGAUACUGAUAAUAGUGGUACGAUCUCCGAGGAAGAGUGGUUAAAUUUUUGGACCUCAGUUUUAAGGAGUGGACAUACUGAAGAAGAAAUAUCAGAUGAAUUAGAAUCAAUAGAAACUGGAUCAUCUUGGUGCAAAUUUGAGAAUCUGGAUAAAAAAGGCUGAUCAUAACAAUAUUUAAUAAUAUAUUCAAAGAAUUGUUAAUUCAUUAAUAA